AUGGAGAACUGGUCAUCUUCUUCGCCAUCAUCAUCACCAUCAUCUUCUUCUGUCACACCCAUCAACAAAAAGUCGCCAUCAUCAUCAACAUCUUGGUCAAUUCAUGUAGUGAUAACAGUAGCGUUAAUCCUCAUUAUUUCACCAUUGUUAUUCUCUAAAUCACAUCACCACCACCAUUCUUCUGUGUCUAUACAAGAGCCACAUUCAUUUAUCAAAAACACAUGUACUAAUAUAACUCUUUACCCUUCUCUCUGUUUACACACAUUCUCUUCUUCUUCUUCUUCGAUUCUUGAUCUCCAAGAAGAUUCUGAUAAUACAUCAACAAGAUUGGUACUACUUCUGCAUUUCUCCAUUAACAAAACCAUCAAUAGCGUUACAAGAUCACGUUCAAGAUUGAUAAAUUCGUCUGCUUUUUCUUCUAAUUCGAAUUCUUGGGUUGAUAACUGUAUCGAAUUGCUUGAUCAGACAUUAUAUGAACUUCAAGAAUCCAUUAAACGCUUGUUAUCGAUAUACCCACCACCGUAUGCCGCCAUCAAGAACCUACUCAGUGCUGCCAUGACUAACGAAAACACCUGCAUUGAAGGAUUCUCUUCUUCUUCGUAUCGGUAUUCGAGUCAUGAUCAUCAACAACAGAAACAAAGUAGUACUGGUGGGCAUCGUCUUGGCCUUCGUUAUUUGCAGAAAUCUUUAACACCCAUAAUGCGAAUGAUCAGCAACUCUUUGGCCAUAGUCAACUACAUCGAGCAACAGCAACAACGACACAUUUCAACGACCCGCCUUCUUCUCUCCAAUGGCAAUGUGGGUAUUGGUCUGAAUAAUCAUGUACCGUCUUGGAUGUCUUAUGCUGACCAUAGGAGACUAAUGCAGAUUCCACGUCCACGCCCCACAGUUGUCGUGGCCAUGGAUGGGUCUGGUAAUUUCACUACCAUCACUGCUGCUGUUUCAGCCGCCCCUAACCGAACAACCCCUGGUAACAGAUUCGUCAUUCUUAUUAAAGCCGGCAUCUACAAUGAGAAUCUUGUCAUUCCCAGAAAUAAGGUUAACAUCAUGCUUGUUGGACAAGGGAUGAACUCUACUAUUCUCACCGGUUCCAGAAACUUUGUUGAUGGCUAUACCACCUUCACUUCUGCCACACUAACUGUUAUUGGGAAUAACUUUAUGGCAAGGGACCUAACAAUCAUCAACACCUCUGGGCCUGAGAAGCGUCAGGCAGUAGCCGUUAGGGUCACAUCAGACGCAGCCUUCUAUCAUUGUCAAUUUAUCUCCAACCAGGAUACUCUCUAUGCUCACUCUCUCAGUCAGCUAUAUCGUGAGUGUGCCAUCCAUGGCACGGUUGAUUUCAUAUUUGGCAAUGCAGCAGCUAUCUUUCAUAGAUGUCUUAUACUUGUGCGCAAGCCAAUCCUUGGUCAGAGAAAUGUUAUCACCGCACAAGGAAGAUUAGACCCGAACCAAAACACAGGGAUAUCACUAGAGUACUGCACCAUCAUGGCUUCACCAGAAUUCUCGAUUGCUGAUAGGGCUAAUUUCUCAACAUUUCUUGGUAGGCCAUGGAGAAAUUAUUCCAGGACCAUCGUCAUGAGGAGCUAUCUAGGGGACAUUAUAGAUCCCCAAGGCUGGUGUGCAUGGGAUAAAUACAGCAACCUCAAUACCAUUGAUUACAUUGAAUAUAUGAACUUUGGCCCUGGUGCGGAUACAAAGAAGCGGGUGCAAUGGGCAGGGUAUCACAGCAAUUCAAGUAGAGAUGUUGAUAAGUUCUCAAUACAAUCGUUUUUACCUGAAGCAAAUGAAUGGUUAAGGUCCACAAACUUACCCCUUUGUAGUGGUCUUUAUGCUAAAGACUGUAAAACAGGAGGCAACUCUGCAGAAGUUGAAUGA